AUGGAAGCAGCCUUUCAAGCACGGCAGGAGGCGGUAGAGGAGAGGUGGCGGGCCGAGCGGGACGAGAUGCAGCAAAAAUUGGAUCAAGCUCUAACAUUUAUGCAAAGCCUGAGCUCGGCGAUGGGUGUUUUGCCUCCACAAUUCCCUCCGGCCCCACUUGCUCGUCAGGCAGAAACUCCUCCUACCAAUCAGUCGGCGGCAUUCAAUGAUGGGCCAGUAAAUCCUGACUUCUCGCCUCCGGUGCAACAGCCUCAGCAGCCUCAGCAAUUUGUGUGGCCACCACCUCAAUGGGUGGCUUGGAUUCAGCAGCAGCAACACCCACCACCACCACCGCAGCAAGGUUGGUCGCAGAUGCCUACAUGGCCGCAGUCGUCGAUGUGGCCGCCGCACCCGCCGCCGUCGGCCUCGUGA